UUUUAAAGAGAUAUAAAUUAAAACUUUCCUUCAAAUUAAAUUAAACGUAUUUAAAAGAACUGCAAACAUUUGAACCUUUCCAUCAAAUUAAUAACAUAACUGAUUAAAAAGUGCAAUGGCUGAACCUAAAGGAAAUGAAGAUUUAGCAACUGCAAUUUUGAAAAGGAAAGAUCGUCCAAAUCGUCUUCUUGUCGAUGAUGCAACAAACGAUGAUAACUCAAUCGUUUGUCUGUCACAAGCUAAAAUGGAUGAAUUGCAGUUAUUCCGUGGAGAUACGGUGCUUUUGAAAGGAAAACGUCGUAAGGAAACUGUUUGCAUUGUUUUAUCUGAUGAAACAUGCCCGAACGAAAAAAUUCGGAUGAAUCGCGUAGUUCGAAAUAAUCUACGAGUUCGUUUGUCUGAUGUUGUUUCAAUUCAAUCAUGUCCGGAUGUUAAAUAUGGUAAAAGGAUUCACAUCUUACCUAUUGACGAUACGGUUGAAGGAUUGACUGGGAGUCUUUUUGACGUUUACUUGAAACCGUAUUUCCUGGAGGCUUACCGCCCAAUUCAUAAAGACGACACUUUUAUCGUUCGAGGAGGUAUGAGAGCCGUAGAAUUCAAAGUGGUCGGGACUGAACCUGAACCUUAUUGUAUCGUGGCACCUGAUACUGUUAUUCAUUGCGAAGGUGAUCCUAUAAAGCGAGAAGAAGAAGAAGAAGCUCUUAAUGCUGUAGGCUAUGACGACAUUGGCGGAUGUCGUAAACAGUUGGCUCAAAUUAAAGAAAUGGUUGAAUUACCGCUUCGUCAUCCUUCUUUGUUUAAAGCAAUUGGUGUAAAGCCUCCUCGUGGUAUAUUGUUAUAUGGACCACCUGGAACUGGAAAAACUUUAAUUGCUCGUGCUGUUGCUAACGAAACGGGAGCUUUCUUCUUUCUUAUUAAUGGUCCUGAAAUUAUGUCGAAGUUAGCUGGCGAAUCUGAAUCGAACUUGCGAAAAGCUUUUGAAGAAGCUGAUAAGAAUUCUCCAGCAAUUAUUUUCAUUGAUGAAUUGGAUGCAAUCGCGCCGAAACGUGAAAAGACUCAUGGUGAAGUUGAGCGUCGCAUCGUGUCUCAACUUUUAACUUUGAUGGAUGGCAUGAAAAAGAGUUCACAUGUUAUUGUUAUGGCCGCUACUAAUCGUCCUAAUAGCAUUGAUCCCGCUCUUCGACGCUUUGGACGUUUUGAUCGGGAAAUUGACAUUGGCAUUCCGGACGCAACAGGAAGGUUGGAAGUUUUGCGUAUUCAUUCGAAAAAUAUGAAGCUUGCUGAUGAUGUCGAUCUCGAACAGAUUGCAGCUGAAUCACAUGGUCAUGUCGGUGCUGAUUUGGCUUCAUUAUGCUCAGAAGCUGCUUUACAACAAAUUCGUGAAAAAAUGGAUUUGAUUGAUUUAGAAGAUGAUCAAAUCGAUGCUGAUGUUUUGAAUUCGCUUGCUGUUUCAAUGGAGAAUUUCCGCUAUGCGAUGACGAAAUCAAGUCCAUCAGCAUUACGAGAAACUGUUGUCGAAGUUCCAACUACAACUUGGUCCGAUAUUGGAGGAUUGCAGAAUGUUAAGCGGGAAUUGCAAGAAUUGGUUCAGUAUCCAGUCGAACAUCCCGAUAAGUUCUUGAAAUUUGGCAUGCAGCCAUCUCGUGGUGUUUUGUUUUACGGCCCACCUGGUUGUGGUAAAACAUUGUUAGCUAAAGCAAUCGCCAAUGAAUGUCAGGCCAACUUCAUAUCCGUUAAGGGUCCCGAGCUAUUAACAAUGUGGUUUGGUGAAUCUGAGGCAAAUGUUCGUGAUAUAUUUGACAAAGCUCGUUCAGCAUCGCCUUGUGUUCUAUUUUUCGAUGAACUGGACAGUAUCGCAAAAUCUCGUGGUGGAAACGUAGGAGAUGCUGGUGGUGCAGCAGAUCGUGUCAUCAAUCAGAUUCUCACUGAAAUGGAUGGAAUGGGAGCAAAAAAAAAUGUUUUCAUUAUUGGCGCUACUAAUCGUCCUGACAUUAUAGAUCCAGCAAUUUUACGUCCAGGACGCUUGGAUCAAUUGAUUUAUAUUCCUUUACCAGAUGAAAAGUCACGUGAAGCUAUUUUGAAAGCUAAUUUACGUAAGAGUCCGAUUGCAGCUGAUCUCGACUUACUUUAUAUUGCUAAGGUCACAAAAGGUUUUUCUGGAGCUGAUUUAACUGAAAUUUGUCAACGUGCAUGUAAACUUGCAAUUCGUCAAUCAAUUGAAAUUGAAAUUCGCCGCGAGAAACAAAGAGCCGAAAAUCAGAACACAGCAAUGGAAAUGGAUGAAGAUGAUCCUGUUCCAGAAAUCACACGCUCUCAUUUUGAAGAAGCAAUGAAGUAUGCUCGACGUUCUGUUCCCGAUAAUGACAUUCGCAAAUAUGAAAUGUUCGCUCAAACAUUGCAGCAGUCUCGAGGUUUUGGCAACAAUUUCAGAUUCCCAGGCUCGACUGGUGGACAACAGAAUCCAAGCUCAGGAAAUCAGCCGGAAAACACAGAUAACAACAAUGAUGAUGAUCUUUACAGUUAAAUUAUAAGCUUGAAUAUCGGUAGAGGAGAAGUCUAGUUCGAAAAUUUCCAUUUUUACCCGCAUUCAACUUCUACAAAGCACUCUCCUCCCGUAUCCAUUUUAUUAUUAUUUUUUAAUUUAAAUAUCCCUCAUUUGUUUUCAAACUACAUUUUCUUUUGCUAUUUUAGGGAAUUUUUCUUUUGUUUUCUGAGAAACUUAAAAUAGAGAGGUAAACGACAAAUUUGCAUAUGUGCAUUCUCGGAUGAAAAAAUAUAAAAGGAAAUAAAAUUAAUUGGAGAUAAACUCAAGCUUUUUUGUGUUAUAUUUGGAAAUUUACAAGACUCAAAAUUUGUUUCACGAUAAAUAAGCAUUUCUUUGAAUUUUAAAAGGAUGUUUUAUUCCAAAAAAAAAGGGAAUCUUUUUCAGUGUAUUCAUACAAUUUUUUAUUCCAAUUUUGUAUUACUAACUAACAAUAUCAUGACAUCGAUUAUAUUUGGAAGACUCAAUAAAAGCAAAUUUUUUAAUUUAAAAAAUAAGAAUAAAGUGAGAAUCCUUAUGUGCGUGUAGCUUCUUCUCAAAUGUUUGCGUUCUCCCCAGCAGAAUGUCUUUCGUAGCUUUUUACAUUGUAUUUGAUAUCCCUUUCAAAACUUUUCGAAACUUAUCUAAAAAGAUGUUUGCAUGCUUCUCUUCGAAGAUUAAAGCUGGUCGAAAGCGAAUGGAAACCUAGCCACAUCCACCUGAUUG